CGCCACUUGAGUUGACCUCUCUCCCUGCGGGCUGUCUCUCCCCCAUCGUCCCGACCAUACAGCACAACAAUGAACUUCGCCGUGAACCUCGUGGUGUUGGCGUUUGCCCUCUUGGCGGGAUCGGCGUCCUCGUUUGUUCUCACCCCGAAGACAGCCCCGUCGUCUUUGGCAUCAUCCCCCACAUCGUCCGCAUCAUGCAGCAAGACGUCCUUGCGAGCAUCGAUGGACGGGGAGAACCUCCUGCCGAACGCUGCGGAAAUCAUGGACGAGAUGGCGGGAGAAGCCAAGGACGUUAUCGAACGCCUUGUCAAGGAGAACAAGGUAAUGCUCUUCAUGAAGGGCAACAAGAUGUUUCCGCAGUGCGGCUUCUCCAACAGCGCUGUUCAGGUGCUCCGGGCUUGCGACGUAGAGUUCGAAACGUACGACGUGCUCACCAACCCUGGGGUGCGCGAGGCAGUCAAGGAGUACUCCAGCUGGCCGACAAUCCCGCAGCUGUACGUCGACGGAGAGUUCACCGGGGGCGCGGACAUCAUGAUCGAGUCUUUUCAGUCUGGAGAACUCAAGAAGACCCUCGAAGACGCAGGGUGCACGUUCGUACCAUCAGAGUAAAUUCGAUCUUCUGUCUAUGAUGCGUCGCGUUUCGAAAGUUUUGAGAGAAUAUUCAUUGCAUAGCCCAAUUAGUUACUGCAAGACGGCAGUGGAAACGAAUGGAAAAUUUGAAGGCGUUCUUUCCAAGCGGUGGGUCAGCAUAUAAAAAAUCGAGAUUAUGGGGUUUUGGUUCUCCUUGUUUCGCAUAAGACACACAUGGCGGCAAGAAGUACUUUGUGUAAUACCGGGUUGUCCAUAAGAACGUGUUGAAAAGCAUGUAGCGGGCGGGUGGUCAUGACGAUGAUUUGGGUAUUGCCGGCCCGACGAACUCAAUUGUAUGAUGAGUUGUGUGAAGACGCGCGAAUUUUCGCGUGGUAGCAACGGGGUGCAGAAAAGCUCCACGUUGCGCAACAGAGGACUCUCCUGAGGGUUGUUGAAAUCAGGUCUGGUGGGCUAACUUUUCGUCAACCUAAAAACGAGUUACUCCGUUCUACUUACGGGCGUUUAUUUUUUGUGAGGCGUGCUCACCAUUGCCAGCGAAGACUUUGGGGGAAGACGAAAAAGACAGACACCUGGGUGAUGCAAAUUGCUUCGUGGCCCGUAUUAAGCUCUGAAAGUUUACACCGGCCGUACGCGAGGUUGAUACCCGGCCACACGUCGGAAGUCCAGCCACCGCUGUGGACAUUCACCCACAAGGCAUGGCACUGGUGGUCUGGUUGGUUCGAACCCUUCCCCCGUCAAUCUUCGCUACUUAGCCGAUCGGUCGGAGAGGAUCGAGGGGGCGAUCGACCCUGUUGGACGGGGAAUAAAGGACCGCCAGCACACCGCUCUCGGCGAUGAUUACAUGGCACGAGCUUCCUUGUGCCGGUCCGGUGAGACCAUGGGAGAGGGGGGGGGGUCCAGGCAGCGAAUGCAAGUUGGCAUUGCAGUAAAUCUCUCGGCAGAUCCGUACGGGCGUCUUGUUGAUGGUGACUGGGCAGGUGCGGAGAGACUGGGGAUAUGUGCAUCACCAAACCGCCCCCUCGAGAACCAAAUGAUGCCCAAGAACACCUUCUGUGGUCUCGAAAAAAGAAAAAAAGUGGGCACGCCGUCAGGAGUCUCCGUGCUAGGCGAAAACUGGGCAGGAACCCGCAGAGUGUGCGUGCUCCUCGUGCC